GCCUGGCUGGGCUGUACCUCAUCUUAUUCAUGCCCAGAGCCGGGAGCAGCUCUCAAUCCCGGGUGAGGCACCGAGCACUUGAGCUAUUUCAGCCACAUGCAAAGCAUCGGAAUUGAGAUCGCAGCUCAGAGGACACCAAGCAUCCCUUUCACCUUCUGAGGAGCCUUGUAUUCUUGCACCUGGCUGCCUGGGGCUUUCCUUAGGCAGUAAACAAAUACACAAAGCAGGGAUAAGACUGCGUGAAUAUGUCGAAACAGCCAGUUUCCAAUGUCAGAGCCAUCCAGGCAAACAUCAAUAUCCCAAUGGGAGCCUUUCGGCCAGGAGCUGGGCAACCGCCUAGAAGAAAAGAAUGCACUCCAGAGACGGAGGAGGGUGCUCCUCCCACCUCGGAUGAGGAGAAGAAGCCAAUUCCAGGAGCGAAGAAACUUCCAGGACCUGCGGUCAACUUAUCGGAGAUCCAGAAUAUUAAAAGUGAACUGAAAUAUGUCCCCAAAGCUGAACAGUAGUUGGAAGAACAAAGGCUUCAUGUGAAGAACUGAAGAGGAGGAGAACAGAUUAAAAUGAAAAUAGCUCACUAAAAAUUUUAUAUAUUUGUAUGAAGAUUAUGAACCUCCUGAAUGCCUGAGGCUCUAGCAGAAAUGUCCUGUUUGUACAUUUAUAUCUCUUCCUUCUAGUUGGCUGCACCUCUCACUUUAAUUUGUCUUCGUGUUUGGCAUCUUGCAGGGCACAUAGUUCAAGAAUUCACCUCUUGGAAGGUGUUGUUUUGAGGAGGAAUAUUUUAUGGAGAGGGAUAUGGCCAUAUGUAUAACAGUGACUUUGACUGGAAGCUCUCUAAGCUACUUCCCACACUAUUUUGGUCAUUAUUUGGAAUGUAUUUUAGUUCUUCACCUUCUAAAUUAUGUCAAUAAACUUUUUAUGAGUUCAAAUAAAUAUGCAAGUAAGUGUAAAAUAUGAA